GCGGGUUGAAUUUGAAGGCGGGGACGGCGGGAGUUCUCCCGGGAAAGAGACGAGGACAGCUGGUCUCACACUUAACCUGGACGACUUCAUAGAAACGCGCUGGACACUCGGAGGAAGAGAUGGAGCCGGCGAAUUCGUUCCGUCUGGACGGCGAGUCCAAAGGAGGUGUUUUAGCUUACUUGGAAAGACUAGAGGCUCAAGUGAAGAAAUCUGAAGUGCUUCGGAGAGCCCAGAUCAAGGAAAGUGCCCUUAGAACCAAGAUCCGUGAACUGAGGCAUCGUCGAGACCAGCUGAGGGCUGAAGUGAAGCUGCGUCAAGUCAGAGUUAAAACAUCUACCAAUGUAGAACCUGACAGAACAGUGGAGGUCAGUGAACAAGAAGUUUUGAAAAGACAGAGAGAAAAUGUGAUUGCCAUUCUGCAAGCAUAUCGGUUUACAGGGCUCAGUGGAAAGCUGACCAGCCGCGGGGUCUGUGUGUGCAUCAGCACCGCCUUUGAGGGGACCCUACUGGAUUCCUAUUUUGUGGAUCUUGUCAUCCAGAAGCCACUGUGGAUACAUCACCAUUCUGUCCCAGCCUUCAUUCCUCUGGAAAGGAUAGCUGCACAGCUCCUACAGACUGAUAUUCAGCGCUUCCUUUUCACUCUCAGCGAGUACCUAAAUGCAUACUCAGGGAGGAAGUACCAGGCCGACCGACUUCAGAGUGACUUUGCAGCCUCCCUGGCUGGACCACUGCAGAGAAACGCCCUGUGCAACCUGCUGUCAUUUACUUACAAAGAAAAAGCGGGGGCUCAGUCCAUGCUGUUUUGCGCCAGAUUGCUGUAUAAAGACCUCACAAGAACUCUCCCAACUGAUGUCACAGUUACUUGUCAAGGGAUGGGGGCACUGUCUACCUUGCAGGCAGAGUAUCGGGCAUCCCAUGAAACACUAUUCUACACAAAGCCCAUACAUCAGGUGUUUGCUUCCUUUUCACAAGGAGAAAAACUGGAUUCAAGGGUCUGGAGCUGAAAACCAGCAAAGGCUCACACUCCUUACCUGGAACGAUCCUAGCCUUGAGUAGAAGCCUGCUUCAACAGGAUGAUGAGCAAGAAAUGGCGUGCGACAUGCUCAGGCAACAUGUUGGUGACCAGUGCCUCAUUCCAGCGUCGCAUCUCAUAGACACGUUCCUUCUG